CUGCUUCACUCUGCCACUUCCACACACAGCCAAAAUCUCUCAGGAGAUCCAUUCUGUGAGCUUUACUGAGGAAGUUACAUUGCGUUGUGAUUGUCAAAUGAGCUAUAUAUUUUUGGGAAGUAUUUUAUAUACGGGCCAAUACCUGAAUCAGAAACAGUCUUAAAUACAAGAUCUGGAUAUCUUAUUCAGGCAAUUUGUCAAAACCUGACUGCCAGUACCUCCAAAGGGAACAUCAAUCAAUAGUUCGAAUAAGGAGCUCCACAAAGGAAUCUCGAAUAACUAUCUUUAAGAUGAGAGAGAGAUAUGGAGACGUGUAUACACUAUACCUAGGACCGCGGCGGGUGAUUGUCCUUUGUGGAUAUGAUGCAGUUAAAGAAGCUCUGGUGGAUCAUGGAGAGAUUUUUGGGAUCAGAGGUCUACUGCCAUGUGUAGACUUGUAUUUUAAAGGUCAUGGAGUGAUAUUCAGCAAUGGAGAGUGCUGGAAACAGCUCCGUCGCUUCUCAAUUACGACCCUCCGGAAUUUUGGCAUGGGGAAAAGGGGCAUUGAAGAAAGGAUAAAAGAGGAGGCUCAUUGCCUUGUGGAAAAAUUGAAAGAGAUGAAUGGAACUCCCUUCAACCCAACUUACUACUUUAGUCAGGUGGCUGCCAACGUUAUCUGCUCCAUAAUAUUUGGGAACAGGUACAGCUAUGGAGAUCCUGAGUUCCGCAGGCUCAUGCACAUCAUCGAUGACAUAUUUCGGGCCAUGACCUCAUUCUGGGGCCAGCUGUAUGAUAUGUUUGACAUGCUGAUGAGGCAUAUACCAGGACCCCAUCACAAAAUAACUAAGUAUAUAUACCAACUGGAUGAGUUCGUCAAAGUGAGGAUGGAGAUUGAUCGAAAGACAUUGGAUCCAAGUAGUCCACGACACUUAAUCGAUAGUUUUCUUAUCAGAAUGGAAGAGGAAAAGCAAAAUCCAUCUACACAAUUCAACAUGAAGAAUUUUUAUACAAACACUACAGUUUUGUUUAUUGCUGGGACAGAAACAAUAAGUACAACGCUGAGACAUGCAUUUCUACUGCUACUGAAGUACCCCAACAUCAGAAUUAAAGUACAAAAGGAAAUUGACCAAGUGAUUGGCAGGCAGCGAGCCCCUGAGCAGGAAGAUCGUGAGUCUAUGCCAUACACAGUUGCCGUCAUCCAUGAGAUCCAACGUUAUGCCAAUGUGCUGCCCAUGAACCUUCCACAUGCAGUCUCUAGGGAUUUUAAAUUCCGUGGAUUUACCCUUCCUCAGGGUACAGAUGUAUUCCCUAUCCUGGCAUUUGUUCUCCAAGAUCCAAAAUACUUUCCUGAUCCAUUUACCUUUAACCCUGAUCGGUUCUUAGAUCAAAAUGGACGUUUUAAGAAGAAUGAUGCCUUCCUGGUAUUUUCUGCAGGAAAGCGAGUCUGCAUUGGCGAAGGAAUGGCCCGACUUGAAAUGUUCAUCUUCCUUACCAAACUUUUGCAGAAUUUUGAUAUAAAGUCCCCCAUAGAUCUCAAAGACUUGGACAUCACACCACAAAUGGUUGGCUUCUCUAAUGUUCCACGGCCUUACCAGAUCAGCUUCAUCCCACGCUGAAUAAAAAGCAUCAAGAAAAUGAGAUGUCAGACAUUUAUUAUAAACUAGUUUUACAGUAAUUGAUUGGGUGAAGCAAAUGACUGUAUCAGUACUUUGUACCAGUCAUAUGUUGCCUGACCCGUAUACUGUAAGAAACUUAAGUUACCCUUUAAUAAUUGUUUUUGUAAUUUUUGACAUUGAAGUUUGAACAGCCUUAAUCUAAUAUUAUCUUGUUUCCAAAACAAGAGUUGGGAAAUACAUUAUACUAGAACCUAUGCACACCCACUUAAUUAUUUACUCGAUAGUUCCCUAUACACAAUCACUUUUACAUGCCUGUACUGUAGCACUCAUAUACACAAUGCAUCAGAAAUAUAAUUUUAUGUUAGUUUUUUGUUUUUAUUUAAAGCUGUGUAAUACCCCAUGUUUCCAGUAGGGUGUGCCUUUCUUACUGUAUAUGUUUCUCCCUAUGAUAAAAUAUUAUUAUUGUAGCUUGUAAAAUAAAAAUUACCUUUUUCUGCA